CAUCUGAUCGUAAUUGCGUAAAGUUGUCAGCCCUGCUUCUCCAGUUGUGAAUUCUUGCCGUAGAAUAUUGCAUAUUUUCUUCUUUUUCUCCCUUUAUUUCCCUGUGAAUUCAGUUUUUCCACCUUGUGAGUGUCUUCUUUUGUACCCUGAAACCUUAUUUUGCAGUAAUGGCAUUCAGAAUGUCAAGGUUCUUCCCAUCCGGGAAGCGAUUCUUCAGCACCAAGCUGAAUGAUGUGGUCAUUGUGGCUGCAACAAGAACCCCCAUGGGCAGCUUUCAGAGUGCCCUAGCUCCACUGAGUGCCAGUCAGCUGGGUGCUCAGGCUAUUGAGGGGGCGGUCAAACAGGCAGGGAUUGCAAAGGAGGAUGUGGGGGAAGUUAUUAUGGGCAAUGUGGUAAGUGCUGGAAUGGGUCAGGCUCCAGCCAGGCAAGCAGCUAUCUUUGCUGGUCUCCCAAAGUCCACAAUUUGCACGACAGUCAACAAAGUCUGCUCUUCCGGACUGAAGAGUGUCAUGAUGGCUGCUCAGACCCUCUCCCUCGGCCAGGCAGAAGUCAUCGUUGCCGGUGGCAUGGAAUCAAUGUCCAAUGUCCCCUACUACAUGAAAAGAGGAGACACUCCCUAUGGGGGCAUCAAACUGAUUGACGGGAUUGUGCACGAUGGCUUGUGGGAUGUGUACAAUCAGUUUCACAUGGGAAAUUGUGCUGAAAAUACAGCCAAAAAGAUGGGAAUUACGCGGCAGGACCAAGAUGACUAUGCCAUCAACAGUUACAAGCGUAGUGCAGCUGCAUGGAGUGGAAAGCUCCUUGAUGCUGAGAUCACUCCUGUUCGAGUGCCUCAGAAGCGCGGGAAGGAGGAUUUGGUGGUGACUGAAGAUGAAGAGUACAAGAAAGUGAACUUUGACAAGUUUGGAAAGUUAGCCACGGUUUUCCAGAGGGACGGAGGAACUGUGACAGCUGGAAAUGCUUCUACAUUGAAUGAUGGUGGUUCAGCUUUGGUUUUGAUGACGGCAGAGGCAGCUGAGAAGUUCAAAUGCAAACCACUUGCAAGGAUUGUUGGGUAUCAAGAUGCUGAAACUGAUCCUAUUGACUUUCCAAUUGCUCCGGCCUUGGCUGUGCCAAAACUUCUGGCCAAGACUGGCGUGAGGAAGGAAGAUGUGGCCAUGUGGGAGAUCAAUGAGGCUUUUUCAGUGGUUGUUGUGGCUAAUAUUCGGAAGAUGGAUGUAGAUCCGGCCAAAGUGAAUAUUCAUGGUGGAGCUGUGUCUCUUGGUCAUCCCAUUGGUAUGUCCGGAGCUCGAAUUGUCACUCAUUUGGCUCAUGCACUGAAGCCUGGACAGGUGGGAUGUGCUUCCAUUUGCAAUGGCGGAGGAGGAGCUUCAUCACUGCUCGUGGAGAAGCUGUAAGAAUUGCUUCCUCAAAGUCUGACACUGAAAUUCAUGCAUUUAUAUAUCCUUUUUAAUGGAAAUUGUUAAUAAUGUUUUCUAUAUUGCAUAAAGAAGAUGAAAGUUUGGAAAAAA